AUGAUCCAUCUUGCAAAGUCGGGUGGGGAAGAUACUACUCCUCGUACCUCUGGCACUUACCCCAGUGCUACCAAUUCCAUCGCGGCUUCCGACGAGAACGCUGAAACCGGAGUCGACCAGAGUGGGAGUACCAAAGGCGCUGGAAGCGAACCCCAUCAUCAUCAUCAUCAUCAUCAUCAUCGUCAAAGCAGGAGCGGACUCGUGACUUUCCACGACUGGAUUCAAAGCGAACACUUCUCCCACCUGUCCCGACGACGUCCCCUCGAUGAAAAGGUCAUUCUUUCGACCCCUCAGGGUUGGGAGGCUUUGCAUGGGGUAUUGGCUUCUUCGUCAGACUCCGGCGAUCACGAUGGUCAUGGCCGGGAUGGGCAAGAUCCGCGCCCCGCCCGUGGGAGUAGUGGGAGUGGGAGUUUGGGGCGGUCGGGAAGGAUUGACAAGGUCAGGAGACUUGCCCGCUUGAUGCGCAACACCCUCGCCCUCAACGUUCUGGGAGUCAUUCUUCUCGUGGGGAUCUUCUCGUACCGCAAUCGAAUCGCCGUGUUCGUCGACCAGCGGCACGGCGUUCUGACCAUCCGAGGCAGCAAGCAUGCCGUCCACGACGGCCACAUGUUUGGGCGGCCGGUUUUCGCCUUCUCGGCUCCGCCUCCGACGGUCGUCCGCGGUUCGAUCUUGUCAGAGGUCGUGCCCAGCUACAAUGGCUCGGCGGCCAUGGGCACCGUGGAGCUCGCGCUACAUCUGCAUGCUAUGAGGAUCGUGCAUCACGCGUUCUUGUUGGAGAAGGAGGAGGAUGUGAUGAUGAUGAUGACAUCUCAUCACCUCACAUCGCCAGAGGGCUUAUCACUACUUGACCAGCAAUAUCGGGAACUUUUGGAGAUGGACACGAUCAUCGCGUUGCUUCUCAAGACGGGAUUGUCCUCCCGGAGUUGGUGUGAAGUCGAGGUAGAGAGAACGAGAGCGCGGCUGUUGAGGAUGUCGGGGAGAUUUAGAUUUCGCGCUGGUGGUGCGGAUGAUGAUGAUGAUGAUGGAGUGGGAAGAGGAAUGAUCGAGGGAGUGAAUCUCUUCGCAGAGGAGUGUUUCAGGAGCGUCAGUGCGUGGGAGGUCAUGAAGUAG